GUUUCAAUUCUAAAUUACUCUAACAAUUAUAUAUUUUAUUUAUUUAUUUUUUUUUGGAAAAACAAAAUUAUCGAAGAUGUCUUCGAGAGCGCAAUUGAAAUUCUUGCGCUGCAUGUGCGAGAUGACUGCAGCUCAGGGGUACACGCCUGCAGCGCUGAGCCGCGGACUGAGGGACAUCACGCCCGAGGCGUACAGUAGGCUGCGCAAGAUACUGAUACACAUGGAACGCUCUUCCUGCUUGGGGGACAGCUUGGUGCUGUCGUCGCAGGAGUUGGCGGCAAAUAAGGUGCUGACAAGGGUCAAGACAAAGGAGCUGGAGGCGGGCUUUCAGAAUCCGAGUAAAUUUAUGCCGGGUCAACAUAUAUUCGAUGUGCUGCAAAAAGUAAAGGAGUCUCCGCUUUUUCGCCUGCUGAAGACCAUGCCAAAGGGCGGCCUUUUGCAUGCCCACGAUACGGCGCUGUGCAGCACCGACUUUCUCAUUGACCUCACUUACCGUGAGAACCUGUGGAUCUGCGUCGGGGAAACUGGCUGUGAGGCAAUAGCCUUUCGCUUCUCCGAGUCGAAGCCAGCAGACAUUAAGGUUGACGGCUGCAAAUGGCAGAAAAUGUGCGAGUAUCGUGAGUGUCACGGCGAGCAGAAGGUGAGAAGCUAUCUUCAGAAGCGGUUCACCAUGUAUCCCUUCACCAAUUUCGUGUCCGCGGAUGAAGCCUGGUCUAAGUUCGUUAGCAUUUUCCAGUUGCUCGACGGAAUGCUGCUCCAUGAGCCCGUCUGGGCGGACUAUUACUACAAUGCUCUCACCGAGAUGCAUGCCGAUGGCGUGCAGUAUCUGGAGUUGAGGUCCGUGAUACCCAAUUUGUAUGCUCUGGAUGGCUCAAAGCUGCCUUUGGCAAAUACUGUGCAGAUAUACAAAACGCAAACGGAACGCUUCCAGGAGCUGCAUCCCGACUUUAUUGGCGCCAAGCUGAUCUAUGCGCCGCUCCGUGGCGUCAGUCCCAAAGUAGUCCAGAAAUAUGUGAAGAAUUGCACUGACCUGAAUAAACAAUUUCCCAACUUUUUGAUUGGCUUCGAUUUGGUGGGCCAAGAGGAGUUGGGUCGGCCUCUCGUUGAUUUCAUAGAGCCAUUGUUAUCGAUGCCCGAGCAUCUCAACUUCUAUUUUCAUUCGGGCGAGACGAAUUGGUACGGCACCUCGAUCGAUGAGAAUCUGAUUGAUGCCAUUUUGUUGGGCACCAAGCGAAUUGGACAUGGAUAUGCCCUGGUCAAGCAUCCUGUGGCCAUGGAGCUGGUCAAGAAACUAGACAUACCCAUCGAAGUGUGUCCCGUGUCGAACCAAGUUCUGCAGCUGGGUUUCGACUUUCGCAACCAUCCGGCUUCCAUGCUCAUUGCCAACAAUGUGCCCAUUGUGAUUGCCUCUGAUGAUCCUUCGUUCUGGCAUGCCACGCCCCUAACGCACGACUUUUACUUCGCCUUCCUGGGCAUAGCGCCCUACUCGGCAGACAUCAAGUUGUUGAAGCACUUGGCCAUAAGCUCCAUCAAGUACAGUGCACUCACCAAAGAGGAAUACUGCGAGGGCAUGGAGAAAUGGCAACAGAAAUGGGACGAAUGGAUUGCCAACUUGACGAAAUGUGAUUUAGAAAAACCUGAAUAAAAUC